AUGGGCUCUAUAUAUCCCAAAACCUUCAAUGUCAAGCGCAUUGCCGUCAUCGGCGCCGGCCCUUGCGGUCUUGCGGCCGCGAAAUAUCUCAAAGCCCAAGGCACAUUUGACACGAUAACUGUCUUUGAGCAACAAUCUCAGGUCGGCGGCGUGUGGAACUACAACACCGUAGUACCAGCUCCGAAUCCCAUCCCACAAACCAACCCGUUUUACCCUCCGGACAGCCCAGUCCGUGUACCACCCGAGAAGACACCCAUAUUCCCAUCGCCCAUGUACGACCAACUACAUGCUAACAUUCCCAAACCGCUCAUGAACUUUUCGGAUCUGGAAUUCCUGCCGCAGUCGUGGAUCUAUCCUGGCCGCCACGAUAUACAAGACUACAUCGUCAAGUACGCCCAGGAUGUACGAGACUUGAUCCGGUUUUGCGUCCAGGUAAAAAGCGUGCUGUUACGGCCUCAAAACGGUGAGGACAAAUGGCACGUGGUAGCCGAGUCAACUACCAACGGCCAAGUUACAAACGAGGUGUUUGAUGCCGUCGUGGUAGCCAACGGACACUACUCUACGCCCUUCGUCCCUAAUAUAAAGAACAUCAGCGAGUUUCACACAGCGCACCCCUCCGUCAUCAUCCACUCCAAGAACUACCACUCCCCCGAGACAUUCCGCGAUAAAAAGACCAUCAUUGUCGGCAACGGCCCCUCCGGCCAAGACAUCGCCUACCAAAUCAACAAAGUGUCCAAGGGACAAACCCUCCUGUCCGUCAGACACGGGACGCCGCAAGAAAAACUCGACCACAUCGGCUGUCGGGAGAUUGCCGAGAUUGACGAGUUCCUCAUUCCCCAGCGCGGCGUGCGACUCAAAGACGGCCGUGUGGAAACCGACAUUGACGCCAUCGUCUUUUGCACAGGGUUCCGGUACUCACUCCCGUUCCUCAAAGACCUCGAGAAAGACAUCAUCACGAAUGGAGCGUGCGUUCACGGCCUGUACAAGCACCUGUUCCUCAUUCAGCAUCCGACCAUUGUGUUUUCCGUGCUGAACAUGAAGAUUGUUCCGUUUCCCAUCUCGGAGGCGCAGGCGGCUGUCUUUUCGGCAGUCUGGUCGAACCGUCUGCAUAUGCCGCCGAAGCCGGAGAUGCUGCGCUGGAAUAGGGAGGCUGAGGAGAAGGCGGGUGACAAACUGCAUGUCAUGGCUGAUGGGCAGGACGGGGUGUACUUGAAUGAGCUUCAUGAUUGGGCUGUGACUGCUUCUACGAUUGCCAAGGAGCCGCCUAUGUGGGGAGAUGAGAAGUUUUGGAUGAGGAGUAUUUUUCAUAAGGCGAAGAAGGUGUUUGAGGAGCAGGGCUGUAAGGCAACUACACUUGAAGAGCUGGGGUUCAAAUACGCGCCAGGGUGGGAUGACUGA